AUGAGCCUGGUCUCCCAACGAUUUCACAAAUUGGUGACUACCCCGCCUGCGUGGCGUAUAGCCUUUGCGAGAUAUUUUCCUGGUGCGGAAGCCUUGGAAAUUGGACCAGGCAAGACUGCAAGAGACUCCGUGUCCGAAAUCGAGAAGACGCAGCGACGAUCUUUCACCCGCUUGUCCGCGCUCUCCUCAUGGAGAAGCGAAUACAUCCUUCGGACCCGGUUGUUGCGAUCACUCGGUCGUGGUCGGCCGGCAAUUGAGGCCAUCUCGCGCUCUGGUGCUGCUCGUCAUGCUAGCAGUGCUGCUGCCGCCGCCGUUACAACCUACCCCUCUGGUCUUUACUACCCGGUCAGCCACUUGCACGCUACCUUUGGUGUAGGGUUGAACAAGAAACAACCCAUGUUCAUGCAUGGCGCUGUUGAACAGGGAGGAGUGACAGUCAGCGAUCCAGCAAACGGCAAACCCGGCACCUGGGGCACCACCGACUUUGAUGCUUUUAGACACUUCGCGGACCAGUUUCCAGGUGAAUUGCCUUACGGCUUGAGUCCCGGCAAUGUGGUUGGCAUGCCCAAUGUCAUGGAUAUCAGCCAGCCAUAUGGAAAGGUGUAUGGAGAAGCCUUGCCUGGUGGCCGGCUCUUCUAUACCUCGACCAGUGAGCAGCGCGGCCGCUUUGUUUCCAUCUCAUCAACCGCGGACCAUGCACGUGGUAUCCCUGAGGCGACCAUGAUAAACUCCUCCAUCUGCUGUGUUUGGAUCGCGAAGUCUGAAUCGGUCCUGAAGGCUACAGAUGGCCUCUUUGGAUUUCUUGCGGGAUUUUCAAACGGAGUGCUCGGUGCAUAUGCUCUUGGUGUUAGCCCUGUACUUGACCGGCGUUACGAAAAGGGUGAGCCUACGGCAAAAUGGGUGCUUUGCCCCGGUGUGCCUAUCGUUGCGAUCUGCGUUGACGAGAAGAUGUCCGUCCGACGACUGGCUAACCAUCGCAUAUGGGCUGCCGUGUUGAACGCGCUCGGCGAGGUGUUCUAUCUGACGGAUGCUCCCACGAGACCUCACUUCGCCGGCAAGGCCUCGGCUGAUGAUCUUGAGAGGCUUGCAUGGCAAACCGGAAGAAGUGUGCAAUGGUCACUGGUUGAGGCUACGCGCCGGAAGGCCAAGCCGGAUCCGUUUGGCACUGCCCAAGUCGACGGGAGCUAUAGCCCCCGGAGCUCAAGCGACAUGGCAGGUUUGAGCGUCGAUCAAAUCGUUGCUGAAACAAAGGAAGUGGAACAAUUCUUACGCCACAAACCGAGACAUUUCCAGAGCCUCUGUGAUGGGUGGGACAUGCAGCGGAGACUCAUCGUCGACUUCGCUGGUGACGACCAUCGCCAUGCAGGAGAAUCCAUCUUUGUCAUCGACUGUGGACUCUACGGUGACAAAGUGGCAGCAAUUCGACGCUUUACCCGAUCAAAGAUGAAGAUCCCAGCUGAUUUCGACUUGGAUAGCUGGCCUACCAUUGAAUCAACCAUGAAACGCUCAUCCAUCUUCGGUGGAAGUCCUGUGCAGCGGUCUCCGUAUGCCUCGCCUGCGCUGGGAAGCGUUCCUAGGUCGCGCACUUCCAGCCAAGACGACUCCGCGGACUCAAAGUUCCGUGAAACUUGGUUUACCUCUAACUUCUUGUUCGCAGAGCACCGAAAUAUACACAUCUCGGCCCUGGCGUCCGACGACUCGGAGUUUGCCGUUUUGAAUGUCAAUGAAGAUCCCCUGCUCGGCAUGUCUGGCGGAUCAAAUACAUCAUCUCCACUGUCGUCUCCCAUAGGCCCUGCUUCCACACUCAGCUCAACCUCUGAGAUACCUGGCCGUCGCGCUCGGCUAUUCGGUAUUGGUACUACGUCAGGGGUGGUCAUGCUUUGGGAUAUGCGUGCAGGCCUAUCACUCAGCGCUGAUGUUGUGAACACGAUCCAGCCCGUCAGGAUCAUAUACACCAAGUCUCCUCAGAUCGCUUCUCUUGCGCUUACAUCGUUGUACGUCGUACACGGUGGCAAUGAAGGCCUUGUUCAAGCAUGGGAUCCACUGGCGUCAAGUAACGAACCAAUCCGGACCUUGAAUUCUCGAUUUUCCGAUCGAGCGAGAAGACGCAUAGCCCAGGCUGAAGCGUCCAUGCAUGGGGUUGGGAACAACUUCUACGCGGCCGGUGCGAUUGUCCUAGAUCCUGAUCCGACCGCUUUGCGUGGAAUGGUCUCUUUAGGAUCCUAUGUCCGAUACUGGUCGUACAGUUCCACUGCAGCUGAUGCUUACAAGAGUCGAAAGAGAGGUCAACUCCACCGCCGAUCCGAACGCGGUAGCAACUCGACGCCGGCUGGGCUAAAGGUUAGUGCCACCGGUCGUGGAUUGAUCAAUGAUUACAUUAGCAAUGAAAGACUAGAAAUCGAGCGGGACAGGGUCGCGAGGGAAAAGGAAAGAGACCGUUUGACCGGGAGGUUUGGAACCAAUCUACUGGGAGAAGGGGCGAGCGAGGAAGAGAUGCUGGCAUAUGCCACCAUGCUCAGCGAGGAAGCGUUUUCAAAUGAAGAGAAGAAGAGAAAGGAGGACUAUGGUAGCAGCUCGAUCGCCUCACCUAGUCUGCCGCCAGGCCGUUCUCAUCCUGACGCCGACCUUGAGGAAGCCAUCCGACUGAGCUUGCUGGACAGCGAACAAGUAUCGUCGUCUCCUACAGGGGAUGAAUUCAACAUCCCUAUCCGAUACGCGAAGGGGUCCCAUCAUGGAACACCUUCAAAGAGUGCGAAAGCCGGAAGCAGCAAGGCGCACGCUUCAGCGCAAGAGGUGGAUGAUUUGGAAUUUGCUCUGCAGCUGAGUCUCGCGGAGGAACAGAGCAGGCUUGUGAUGGAUACAGACUUUCCGGCGCUUUCACCGUCGUCGAGCAAUGGGUCAGAUGGCGGGAGGGGCAAGGGAAAGUCGAGGCGUCGCUGA